GGGUUGGCUUUCAAGGUUGCAAGCGUUUUGUUCAAUCCAUUGGAUCGAAUCCAAUUUUUUGACAUCAAUCUCGUACUGAGCAGAUUUAUUGACCAGGAUCGAUGACGUACCCCGCCCGCAUUGCCUAUCAAGGACCCACUCUCCAAGAGCAGCAACACAAUCCUGCAAUCGACGCAGCACGAGCCCCAUGACCAUUAAAGCCACCACUCGCCUCAGCACAUUGCCCGGGAAGUAUCUGCCCAAUUGGAAGAUUUGUACAAGAUCUUUAGCAACAAUGGCACCCCCAGUACGGCCGCGUAGAUUUGCGCCGCUCAAUUUGGAAAAGAAGAGCGAAGGAGACAAGCGCCCUACUCUGAAGGGAAUUGUGUUCGAUGUCGAUGGGACGCUGUGUCUCCCGCAGAAUUACAUGUUUGGUGAAAUGCGUUCGGCUCUUUCCAUUGACAAAGGCACCGACAUCCUGGAUCACAUCUACUCACUGCCAUACGCUGAACAGGAACAAGCUCAAGAGAAGGUUCGAGAUAUUGAACGCACCGCGAUGAAGAAGCAGAAGCCACAGGCUGGUCUUGUGGAACUCAUGGCGUAUUUGGACUCAAGAGGGUUGAAGAAAGGCAUCUGUACACGCAAUUUUGAUGCACCCGUUGAGCACCUCCUCACCACUUUUUUGCCUUCGUCAGAGUUCAGCCCCAUCAUCACACGCGAAUUUCGUCCACCAAAGCCAGAUCCUGCUGGUAUCCUGCACAUCGCAAAGCAGUGGAUGCACAAAGACGGCGGUGAGAGUCUGAUCAUGGUGGGCGAUUCCAUCGACGACAUGUCUGCUGGCUUUCGCGCUGGUGCCGCGACGGUAUUGCUUGUCAACGACGUCAACAAGCACCUUGCCAAGCAUCAACACACGGAUCUUGUUGUGAAACAGUUGGAUGACCUGAUUGAGAUUCUGGAGAACGGCUUCGAAGGGAGAGUCGAGUCUGAUCAGGAGGACGUUGAUCCCAAAGGGCUCGUCGAAGAGGCCACAAAGUAGAGCUGAGGAGAGUUUGUUACGAUCGCCUUAUACUUAAAGUUUGUCUAGACAAUGCAGCUGUGUGUACAUUGUUG